UAGAGGGUUUUAGGGUUUAUACAUGUAUAAAAAAAUUUCCCCCUAGAAACACAAACAAAAAGCAGAAACAAUGAGAGGAGGAGGGAUGGAAGUACAGCUAAAUCAAACACAAAAAAUAAGAUUACAAAGAGCCAUCGAACAACUCGAAUCUUUCUCUAAUAAUUCCAAUAAUAAUAAUAAUGCUUCUGUUACUGUUGCCGAUACCAUUCCUGUUAAUCAUGAAGACGGUGUUCUCAAGGGUCAUGGGACUACCGAGCUUGAGGGCGAGGUUGUGGCAACUGUUUGUGGAGUAAUUGAGCGUGUAAAUAAGCUGGUUUAUGUACGCACUUUGAGAGCCAGGUAUAAGCCUGAAGUUGGUGAUAUCAUAGUAGGUCGUGUUAUCGAGGUUGCUGCAAAGCGGUGGAGACUGGAGAUUAAUUUUAGCCAAGAUGCAGUGUUGAUGCUUUCUUCAAUGAAUUUGCCUGAUGGCAUCCAGAGACGGCGAACUGCAGUUGACGAGCUCAAUAUGCGUAGCAUUUUUGAAGAGAAUGAUGUCAUCUGUGCUGAAGUUCGUGAUUUCAUGCGUGAUGGGAGUCUACAAUUGCAAGCAAGAAGUCAGAAAUAUGGGAAGUUAGAAAGGGGUCAAAUGUUAACGAUAUCUCCAUAUCUAGUAAAGAGGCGCAAACAACAUUUCCACCAAUUAGAACAGUAUGGAAUAGACUUGAUACUCGGAUGUAACGGGUUCAUAUGGGUUGGUGAACAUGUUGAAACCAAAGAUAACAUGGUAGAAGAUGAACCCAGUAAACCCGACAUACAAACUGAGAAAUCUCGUACUUCAAUGACCCUUGAAGAACAAGAACAUACUUACACUCCAUUGGAGACGAGGCAAAACAUAUGCAGGAUUGCAAAUGCUAUCAGGGUAUUGUCUACGUUGGGAUUUAGUAUUACCAUUGAUGUGAUUCUUGAAACUGUUGAUUUAAGCACCUCCAAGUGUCCUGAUAUACAUGACAUGCUUGGUGCUGAGUUUUUUGUUUUGGUUGCUGAAAAAGAAGCUGAGCGAAGAAGCUUGACCACUCGAAAGAAACGUUAAAUUGGGGUUCUGGCAACAGAAUUAACAAGCUGUAUCUGGAAAGCAAAGUAGAAAUAGUUUGUAGUCAUGAAUAGAAAGUAAUUUGUAUUACAAUUGAUGUGAUUGGUUAAGUUACGGAUCAACUUAAAUUCAGCUGGUUCAUGUUUUGCUUAAAUGUUUAUCUAUUUUUUUGUGUUUUUUCUCUCUCAAAAUUGACAACUAUUUUUAUUAUUAUAUAUUGAAUGUUUUAAGGUGUGAACAACACACUUAACAUUGUCA